UCUGUCAGGAUUUUGGGGCCGAAAGAAAGGCCUUCCUUAUCGCUCAAAGCUCUGCUUUAAUUUGGGAGCAAAAGGUACAGAGAAACACCAGUGGAAUCUGUGCACCAAACGAAAGCACAGACAAUGAAUGGAUUUGUUUGUUUGCAGGAAAAUUGAAAUGGAAACCCAGAUCCCGAUUUUGUGCAAGGAAGCAACAGAUAGAUAGAUCUAGAGACAGGAGAGGUGAAAGUGAGAUUGUCUCAGCUUUCUUCUCUGUGACACUGCAAAGAUAUAAUUAAGGUGAAAGGGAGAGGUGGAGGUUCAAAGAAACACAAGUGAGUGAGCUCUCUCUAUCUUCUCUUCACUGCCUAUGUGGUCCAUGUAUUUGCCGAAGCAAGUGAGGUCCAUAUAAAGCUUGGAGCAAGAGUGUGAUAAGUUAAAGGGAAGAGAGACAAGAAAACAAGAGCAGACAUGGAGUGGAAUGGAAGCACAAGACGUUAUGUUCCUCGACCAGACUCUUCCUUCGGCUUCCUUUACAACUACAACUACACACCAUACCCAGGAAUUGAAGUGAAGCAACAAAGUAUAGCAGAGUCAAGUUCGUCCAUGGAAAAAAUGAACUGCGGGAACCAGGACAAGAAGAAGAGAUUAACGACUGACCAGUUGGACUCGUUGGAGAGUAGUUUUCAGAAGGAGAUAAAGCUAGACCCUGAUAGGAAGAUGAAGCUUUCCAAAGAGUUAGGGCUUCAACCUCGCCAAAUUGCUGUUUGGUUCCAAAAUAGGCGUGCAAGGUGGAAGAACAAGCAACUCGAACACUUGUACGAUUCACUUAAACAGGAAUUUGAUGUCAUAUCCAAGGAGAAACAGAAGCUAGAGGAAGAGGUAAUGAAGUUGAAGGGUAUGCUGAGAGAGCAAGCUUCUAGAACACAAGUGUCAACAGGUUACACAGAAAUCUCUGGAGAAGAAACAGUAGAAAGCACGUCAGAGGCUCUGCGUUGCUCCAAACGGAGAACACUGCAGCAGCAGCAGCAUCAUCAUCAUCAUCAUCAGAAUAUUGGAGAAGGAAACUGUUCUUUCACUUUGGAAGAUUACAACACAGUUCCAGUACUACCCUACUGGCCUGGGGUCCCUUACUAUCCCUAAUGAAUAAUAUUUUGUGUUUCCAAUAAUAAUAUUGCGAGUGAUGAGUUUAGUUAAUUAACUUAAUUUAUUGGUAACGUAAUGUGUGUGUAGUUAAGGUGAUGGAAAACCCUUUUUCCGUAGGAACUGACAUUAGAGAUCAAAUCAAAGCGAUCGAGCAGAGAGACCUGCAUGUUGUUGGUUGGUACGAUAAUUAUGACGUUAAAAUAGCUGUUCCUGCAGACAUCACUUUAUUAGUCCAUUCCAAG